CUUUAAUAUACUUUAACGUGACUUCAAUUAUUUAAUUAAACAUCUUCGUCACAUGAAACAUCUUUGUCACAUGAAUUAAACAUUUUCGUCACAUGACCUUUUAAUUAAACAUCUUUGUCAAAUGAAACACACGAAACAACACACAUUUAUUAUUUUUACAUCUUUUCAUAUAAAUAAUUUUAUUUCAUAUAUAGAUGUUUAUUUGUUUCUGUCAAAUUCAUAUUGUUUUCAUUUAUUCAAAGUAGUUAGCAGUGAUAGCAGACGAGAUGAACAAAACUCCAAUCAAUCUGUUCCAACAAGCAUCAACAGAAUGGUAUCCAUACGAUCUAUUUUUCAUAGAUUAUUUCAAGAUCUUGGACAUAGACAGAUUUCAACCAUUACUAAGCCACAUGAGCAACACAAAAGAUAAGUCACGUUGAACACAAAGGGGAAGUCAAGUUUGACACCAACCACACCAAUAAACAAACGCAAAUGCGUGCUUGGUAAGUUCUAAUGAACAAUCGACAAAAAAAUUUCUGGUGAUACUAACUAUAUUAAACUUAUUAUAAAGGUCUUCAUUUGAUGUCAAACCAAGGUGAUGUCACAUGACCUUUUAAUUAAACAUCUUUGUCACUUGAAACAAACCAAACAACACACAUUUAUUAUUUUUACAUCUUUUCAUAUAAAUAAUUUUAUUUCAUAUCUAGAUGUUUAUUUGUUUAUGUCAAAUUCAUAUUGUUUUCAUUUAUUUUAGUAUAAACAUUUUAUUUUUAAUUAAUAUUUAAUACUUUACGGUAUAUUAAAGAAUAUACUUUGGCAUUUUGUAUUUAAAGAUCAGAUCUUUUCUCUUUAUAACUAUCCUAAAAUCUAGAAACACAUUUCAAACUGAAAAAAAAUUGUUACUGAUUUAUCGCGUCAUAUAUAUUCUCUUAACUAAAUCACGUUAGAACAAAAAUAUUCAUAGAUAUCUUCCACACCAAUCAUUUACUAAUUUCCAAAUUUUAACGUUUUGUAUUUAUCACACUUAAAUCUCUCGUCCUUUUAAAACUAUCCUAAAAUCACGUAAGUCAUUAUUAUCUUAAAAGAUUUAUUAUUUAUUAACCUUGCUUUUCACGGAAAGUGUAACAAAUCGAAAAUAUAUUUAUCAUUUAGUUACCUAAAAUCUAGGUAUCCUAGAGAUUUGAAAACCAAUAUAUAUAGAACAUACGUCUCAUGUAAUUCUCACAUCUCAAUCACUCUAAUCUAAAUCACUAAAAUGUCUUCGAACAAGAGUGUAUCCUUGGUCAAGAAUGUCAAACCAUACAAAACUGGUUGGUGUAUCCAAGUGAAGGUUCUUCAUUCGUGGAAGCAAUAUACCACUUAUGCUGGUCAUUCACUGGAACUGAUUUUGGUUGAUGAAAUGGGUACGAAGAUUCAUUGCUCGUGCAAGAAGGAUCACAUGUUUCGUGUUCAACGUGACUUGCCUUUGGGAGUAUGGCGCCUGGUUACCAACUUUUCACUCUCAAAUGCAACUGGUCAGUACCGACCAACCAACCAUCCUUUCAAGAUGUCUAUUACAGGCGAAACAAAGAUUGCGGAUUCAGAUUACCAUUGCGAUGACAUGUUCUUCACCUUUGCAACUUAUGAAGAUGCUGGGAAUGGGAGUAUCAAUUCACACUUUUUAAUUGAAGUAAUCGGUCAAGUUGAGAGCCUUAAAGACGUUCAGACUGUUCAAGUGAAAGGGAAGGACAGGAAAAAAGUUGAAUUCCGGCUCCGUGACACCAAGGGUGAAACGAUUGCGUGUUGUCUGUGGGGAUCAUUUGCUGAACAAAUUGAAGCUUAUGUUCAAGAAAACAAUGAUCCCAAUAUGAUUUUGGUUAUCAGAUUCGCGAAGAUUGGAUUUUAUCAAGGUGAAGUUCAAAUGACCAAUGCAUUUGAUACAUCUCUGGUUCUGAUCAAUCCGGACUUGCCUGAAGUCAAGACUUUCAGAAGCUUGUUGCCAAAAAAUGAAACUGGUCUUAUCCUUUUCGAUCAAAAUCCUAAUGGUAAGGCAAUCAAGGCUCCAAAACAAAACUGGAACGAAGUUGAAAUCAAAUCAAUCUCGGAAAUAUUGAUGGCCAUGAAGGUAGAAAACUGCAAAAUCAUUGUUUCUAUUGAAGCAAUAGAUACAGAUUGGGGCUGGUUCUAUUUUGGUCAUGAUAGGUGCAACAAACGUGCCACACAAAUUGGUUGGAAUGAUCAGAAGGAUAAACCUCUAUGGCGUUGCGAACGUUGCCGUUCUAAUGUGACCAAUGUGUCUCCAAAAUACAAACUGCAUAUUGUCGUGCAAGAUGACUCUGGUACAUGCAAGUUGUUGUUGCUGGAUACUGAAGCUCAAGCAAUAGUCGGAACCAACGCUGUUGACCUAUGGGAUGGGUCAUAUGAUGAGAUUGAAGAUCCGGAGGUGCUACCAGAACCAAUCCGAGAAUUAGUUGGGAAAUCAUUCUGUUUUGGAAUUUCAUUGGCAAAUGAUAAUGUGGCUAACGGUUCUGAUAUAUUUGUGGUCUCUCAAAUCUGGUCUGGAGAUACACUUCUCAAUGCAGUUUCACAUUCUGAAUCAUUGUCUGCUAUCAGCCCAGGCUCCUCCAUGAUCUCCGCUGCCGAGGUUUCGAAGUCAGAUCCGAACAGUACCUCAACUUCUGAAGGUUGUUCAACCCCUUUCUCCAAACGCAAAGAUGAUAAUCUGCCUGACAUGACUUCAUCGUCAAAGAAACUGUGCACCAAGUUAAUCAAGGUGGAGAAAUCGAAGACAGAAUAGUCAUGGGCAAUUUGAAGUGAUGAAGUUUGGUGGUUAUGUUUGCAGUGUUGUUUCUUCAUUUGGAUUUUCUUUUCAGUUAUUUGGAUUUAUUUGCUUCUAUUUUUAUAUUUCGG